AUGGCUGCCAAUGCUAAUACUCUUCCUUCGAAAUAUCUCAGAUGUUUCCCAAAGAAUGCUUCAUUUUCACUCAGUAUUUUAGAUGAAGACGGCGACGUUGUCAAUGAUGAGUUUCUCUUCAGCCUUUUUGUUGCUCAUCAGUGGUUGGUGGACAGCACACAGCUUCUCGCGCAGUUCAUCGCAUGUCUUCAGGAAACGAAAGACUUACGCGCUCGAGCUCAUCUCUGUCUGGCUGUGAUUUACUGGAUUCAGCGAUUUCCGCAUCACUUCGACGGCCAACCUCGGCUUCAAUCGCUUAUACUUCGAUUUCGUUCGUUGGCCUAUGAUGUUCCGGACGAGACCGUAAAGAUGAUUGAUGUUUCAAAUCUGUGA